GAAACACCGGUCUUCGUCGCUCUCUGCAUUGCUCCUCAAUUCCGCCUAUAAUUCACUCGUGUACAACAGCAUAUCUUAUUAUUCUAUCGUUAUAUUCGUUUCGUAGACCCGUGGUGGAGCAAUAAGCAUCCGUCCGUUCCUGUGAAGUCAUCGACCGCGGCCACGCUUUCUGAGCCAUUUAAUUCCAGCACGUUUCACGAUAGUCCGAAGACACGAUGGCGCCAAAAGUCGACCUGGUCAUCGUGUUCCGCUCUUCUUCGCGGAAGAUUGAGCCCAAGGUGCUUGCUAGGCAGAAUACCAAGCGAGCGUCGGAGCAAUACGAGAAGCUGCUGCAGACGUUGGCGAGGAGCGGGUUGCUGGCCGUUGGCAAGCGGGGUGAGCGGGACGGUCAGCUGCUUGUAAUGGUCUCGUGCCCGCCAGCCUUGCUCAAGAGACUCGCUCAGAGAGAAAGGCACUCUGACUUCUUGAACGGCUUGCCGUCCAGGCACUCCAUCGGAGGCGAAGACGUUGACGCAAACCCCUUGUCGCCCGCGGACCAAAUCCGCCUCGUGCAUACCUACAUCACGACGAUGCAGGCAGAUGGUGGCCUCGGCAUUGCCCCUGUGUCUGCCCAGUGGGACAGGGUAGAGUCCAUCAUGGCUCUGCACGACCACCUCUUCAACGACACCUGGAUCCGUUCCUGGACUACCCGACAGUUAGGUCUAGUCUCCUCAUCGAAGAUUAGGGAGCAAUUCGGCGAAGCCGUCGCGCUCUAUUUCGCGUUCCUCGCAUACUACACCAAGUUCCUCAUUUUCAUCUCAGUCGCGAGCGUGCUCUUCUACUUCUUUGCUGCUCCUUACUCGACGCUUUACUCUUCCGUGUUGCUCGUAUGGUCCGUGGCGUUUGUCGAAUGGUGGCGCAUCAAGCAACGAAUUCUGGCGAUACGCUGGGGCACAAAGGGCUCAUUCCGCGUCGAAAAGCGCAGGGCACACUACGUGCCCAUCGCAUGGUGGCGUAGGGAGCUUCGGAUUCUUUUCAGUCUUCCCGUCAUUCUAUUCUUUGCUGCUAUCCUUGCUUGCCUGCUCACGGGCAUCUUUGUCUUCGAGGCGUUCGUUACGCAGCUGUACAAGGGCCCAGGUGCUCAAAUCAUGUCCUUUGCACCAACAGUUUUGUUCCUGCUUCUGGUCCCAAGAGUACUUGCGAUCUAUCACACCUAUGCCGUGCGCCUCACCGACUGGGAGAAUCAUGGCCGUCAGUCAACACACGACGCAUCACUGACUAUCAAGACGUUCAGCCUUUCUGCAAUCGUUGCCUACGGUGGCCUCGCCCUCUCGGCGUUCGUGUACGUGCCAUUUGGCGAAGAGGUGAUGACAUGGGUCCAGGUGUACCUUUUCCAUACCGAAACCCCAAUGCACGCGAAGGCAAAGACAUGGGCGACGACCAUGCUCUCCUCUCUUUCGGCAGCGAGUCCCACAGCAAGUGCCAUGGCAGACGCAGGCAAGCGUGCAUAUAAUGCCACUGCCGGUCCGCACCUGUGGGAGAUGGACGGCAGCAGCGCGCGGAGCAAGCUCAAUCCAAAGCGGCUGCAAGAGCAAAUGUAUGCAAUCACGGUCAUCAACCAAGUUGUCAACAAUUUCCUCGAGGUCGGCCUUCCAUACGUCACACGUGCCGUUGACUCGUUCCGCGCCGGCAAGGGCCUCACCCUCGCAAACAACUCCGCAGGUGCGAAGAAGAAGCGCGUGCAGUUCGAAGACGAAGCGAACGGCAGCACCGAGAUUGCGAAGAGUAUCACGGAUGCUGAAGACCGCGAGUUCCUGGAACGCGUCAGGCGGGAGGCGGCGCUACCUGAAUAUAGCCUCUUUACUGACUACAGCGAGAUGGUCACCCAGUUCGGAUAUGUGUCAUUGUGGUCAACUAUCUGGCCGCUUGCCCCAGUGAUGUCGCUGAUCAACAACUGGCUCGAGCUGCGCUCCGACGCGUUCAAGAUCGCAGUGCACACUCGGCGGCCGAUCCCCGCACGCACAGAUACGAUCGGCCCGUGGCUCGACACACUCACAUUUCUGACGUGGCUUGCUGCGCUGACGAACUCGGCGCUCGUGUAUCUCUUCCGGCCCACGGACCACUGCAAGGCUGUCGGCACGACGCUACAGCACCACCACCAUCACUUCAGCGACGCGAACUCAUCGACGCGUCAGCUGCUCACGAGCGCAGCCGUCAUCGCGCUUGCGGCGUCGCAUGGCUACCUCGUCCUCUCCAUGUUCGUGCGCCACAUCCUUGAGCGCCUCAUGUGGAAGGGCAGCAAGGAAGAGCAGGCCGCGGAGCGCCUCGAGGCACAGAUCAAGCAGCAGUAUCUGCGCAGCAUUGGCGUCGCGGAUGUUGCGACAGGAGACCUCGCGGACAGCAAGGUUCUCCGACAGAACGAGGUACCGCAGGAGGAGCAGGCGUUCUGGGCUGAGGAUGAAGGCCUGGAGGAACUCAGCAAGGGGGUGAAAGAUGCUUGAGGGCAGUUGGGAGUAGAAGUUGUAUGCAUAUCUGGACUCUGUAGCACUACACACGAUCCUGGAUUGUCUGCUUGUUCCUUCUAGCUGAAUCUCACCAGUACGAAUACGAUCCCAAGUAAU